AUGACUUCUCGCUCGUCCUCGUCCUUCUUCUCCCGCUUGAAGCAUAAGGGUUCCAAGAAGAGGGGUGAUCGUUCAGGUGAGGCGCCUCCGGCUAAUGCCAAAACAACAGCCCACAAAACUAUCGAUGACCUUCUUCAAAAUGCUGGUCCCGGUGCUGUUCCGACGGCCCCAUCUUCUGGAAGCAAAGAAAUGAUCCACGAUAUAGCUGAGCGUCUGUGGAACGCGGCCUACGACGGCCUGAAAGUUGAGAAAAAGGAGCUGGUUGACGCCUACGAGAGGAUACUGUCUCGUGAACUCGGUGAUCCAUCCUCUGGGGAUGCAGAAAGCAAUAAGAUUGAACAGAGCGAUCCUCAGAAGAGGCAGUCACAGAUGGAAGAGCUCAUCCGGGUCGGUAUGAAGAAGUUAGAACGAGGAGACAAGGUGAAGUUGGGUAUUGGGGAAGCGAUGCAGGGUGUUCUUGCUUUGAAUAAUGUCAUUGGGGCGGCGCUGCAGCCAGUUCCCCAAGCAGCUCUUGCCUGGGUAGGGAUUUCCUUUGCUUUACAGAUACUUGUUAACCCGACUACGGAAACUACGGCGAAUCGUGAGGGAAUCACUUAUGUCGCUGCGCGGAUGGCCUGGUAUUGCGAGCUGUCGGAACUACUGCUCGGGGAGAACACAGUGGAUGGGGGCUCGUCUGCAGGUCUGCGUUCCAAGUUGGAGGGUCGAUUGAUCGAUCUCUACAAGCUCCUCCUAUCGUACCUCAUGAAGAGCGUCUGCUCUCUUUAUCGGAAUCGCGUUGUGAACUACCUCCAGGACAUGAUCAAGCUCAAUGACUGGGACGGCAACUUGAAGGCGAUUCAAACCGCUGAAAAAAUAGUUCAGCAGGAUUCUGCCGACUAUAAUACUCAACAGAUAAAAUCGCAUCUGGAACAGCUGGUCAGUUUUGCUCAAAACCAAGAGACGGAACUUCUCUCCAACCUCGAGCAAGCACUUCAGAAUCAGACCAAGCUGCAGAAGGAGAUGAAGGACAAGGAAGAGGACAACAGGUUGCUGAAGGACCUUUGUCUGACAGACCCCAGAGAUGACAUCGCACGUAUUGAACAAACCAAGGGCCGGCUACUUGAGGGCUCGUGUGCUUGGAUUCUUGAGCGUCAGGAUUUUAUCGAUUGGAGAGACGGAGAUGGAUAUGGCCUGUAUUGGAUCAAAGGCGGGCCGGGAAAGGGCAAGACGAUGCUUUUGAUUGGCAUUACCCAGGACAUGCUGCGGACGGCACAGGACACCGGCCUAGUGUCCUUCUUUCUCUGCCAGAAUACCGACCCUAAACUCAAUACAGCGACAGCUAUACUCCGAGGUCUCGUCUAUCAACUUGCUUUACAGGAACGAGCUCUUAUACAAUAUGUCCGCUCAGACUACGACAGCCGGGGACGCUUGCUGUUUGAGGAUUCCAAUGCAUUCUUUGCAUUGUCGAGGAUUUUGUCCAGAAUGCUCAAUCACCCAAACCUCCCCAAGGUCUAUUUUAUCAUUGACGCACUGGACGAGUGUCAGACGGAUUUGCAACCAUUACUUAAGCUCAUUACAGAACAUGCCUUGUCGUCACGGUUGCGGUGUCUUGUAUCCAGUCGACCUAGAGACGAGAUUAGGAGUCUCCUCGGCGUCAGCGGCUGCUGCGCCGAGCUAGAUCUCGAUGAAAAUGCGCUGGAGAAUGUAAAGACUGUGGUGAAAGCUUAUAUUGACUACAAGGUAACAGAACUUACGCAGCGGAAACGAUACAGUGCGGAGCUCCAGCAAGAAGUAAAGGAUUAUCUCCAAAUUCAUGCGGAUGGCACAUUUCUCUGGGUGGCUCUGAUCUGCCAGCAACUACAGAAAACCUUUCUCUGA